AUGGCAGAACAAGAAGAAGAAGAUUCAAAAGUUAGCUCUCCCCAGCCUCCUCACCCUGUUUUGGAGGUCAUAUGCAAAAGUCUGGCAAAGACUAGCCGCUUUGCGGCAGGCACCAAGGCGGGAUUUGCUGUGUCUUUGUUAAACAGGAAGUUGGAUAUUGGGGCACCUUUUGUUUUGCAUAUUGAAGCAGUUAAGGAUGGGGAGGAACCCAUUAGUUUUGGCCCGGAUGCUGUGCUUGUUGAUUAUGGCAAUGGAUGGAAGUUGCAAACAGUUACUGUGUUAGAUUAUGGUGGUGUUAGACAAACAGAGCAUUUUCCGCAGAUUCCAACACAGAAUUCUGAUGGUUCACGUCCUGCAAAGACAGCUUCCAAACCAGGCAUUGGUUUUGUGUACAUUGCAAAGAUAGUAGUAGCCUUCAUUUUGCUUUUUGUGCUUGGUGCAAUUUUCACACUAGCUCUUGAGAAUCUUCCUAGACUCAUAUUGUUUAUUAACUCGUUCAUGUAA